AUGCACCGGGCAGUUUCUGCGCGAUGGCUUUCUCGAGCUCUUCGCAUCCGUGAGGGGCCGUCUCUCUUGUCCACGGCCCCCCCUACAUUUCUAUGCCCAGCCGUCGCCUUUCACGCAAGCAGCGGUACCAGCAGAACAUGUCUCGCCGCGACUCCUGCCCAACGGCGCAGGUUGCAUAUCGAGGCGACCUCCACCGAACAAGCCGUUGACGAUCCGACCCCUGGGACUGCUGGAGAGCCUGAGGUGCAGUCAGUAUCCGCGCCGUUACCACGUCGCAAACUUCCCGUCACCUGUGCGGGAUGCGGUGCCCUCAGCCAGACACACGACGAGAAGCAGCUCGGAUUCUACAACGUCAAGGGUAAACGAGUGCAAAAGUGGCUCCGACCGGAGAAGCAGCUGUCGGCAAAGGAGAAGAAGAGCCAGGAAGACCAUGUCGUCAGCACGGCCCUCUCAACGCUGGGCGCUGAGGAGCUCGAGGCCCUGGGCAUCAACCCGUCUCGACUUGAGGCAGGAGAACUCCCCGGCCAGCACGAUGGCGAGGAAUCCAGCGUCAUCGGAGAGCAAGCCGGGGGGAAGCCUCCUGUGUGUGAGCGCUGCCACAGCCUGAGCCACCACGGCCUGCACGGGAGCGCGAGCGCCGACGUGGUCAUGUACCAUCCCACCGUAGAGUCCCUGCGCGAGACGAUUGAGGAGUCCCCCCACCGGUACAACCACAUCUACCACAUCAUCGACGCGGCCGACUUCCCCAUGUCGCUGAUCCCGCGACUCAACGUGCUCCUGGGCGACAUCCCCCUGCGCACGCGCAACCGCCGCUCGCGCGCCCACAAGUACAUGAAGGACCGCCAGAUCGAGAUGAGCUUCGUCAUCACGCGCGGCGACCUGCUGGGCCCCACCAAGGAGAAGGUCGACAACAUGAUGCCGUACCUGCGCGAUGUGAUGCGCGACGCCCUGGGUCGGCUGGGCGGACGAAUUCGUCUGGGGAACUUGCGCUGCGUGAGCGCCAAGCGCUCUUGGUGGACGCACCAGCUCAAGGAGGAUGUCUGGAAGCGCGGCGGUGCCGGGUGGAUGGUCGGCAAGGUCAAUGUCGGCAAGAGCCAGCUGUUUGAAGCCAUCUACCCCAAAGGCAGGAUGAGCUUGCCCGCGCCGGCGGCCAGGAGGGAUGGCGAACACGGCGUCUCCGUGUACCCCCGUGAGGAGCAGCUCCUGCCACCCCCGGCGAAUGAAGCGUACGGGGACGACGCAGACGAACUCUAUGUCUCCAGCCUGCUGCCUCCGCUCCAGCCGGCCCGGCAGUAUCCCGACAUGCCCAUGGUAUCCGACCUCCCGGGCACCACUGCGUCGCCCAUCCGCAUCCCUUUCGGCAACAAGAAGGGCGAGCUGGUCGAUCUCCCUGGCCUGGCCCGCAGCGACUUGGAGCUGUUCGUCAAGCCGGAGCACAGGAAGUCUCUCGUCAUGAAGAGCCGCAUCGUCCCGGAGCAGCUGUCCUUUACCUCGACGCACUCGCUCCUCCUCGGCGGCGGGCUGAUCCGCAUCACCCCCCGCACCCCCGACGUCACCUUCCUCGUGUACAACUUCACCCCACUCGACGAGCACGUCACCAGCACGGUCAAGGCCAUCGACUUCCAGAACCAGACGCGCGUGUCGUCCGGCGUGGAAAACUUGUCCCUUCCCGGGAUCGGCGACAGGAUGCUCCAUGCGGGGACCUUCCAGCUCAAAUACGACGUCACCAAGGGUCGUGCCGGUCCGCUGACGAGGAAGGCAGCCGUCGGCUUGAAGGUAGAGAACCUGCCCUUUCGCGUCUUGUCUGUCGACAUCCUCAUCGAGGGGGUGGGAUACGUCGAGGUUGUAGCGCAGGUCCGCGCCAAGGACCUGCAGCGGAGAUCGUCUUCAAGCCUUCCUCCCCCUCGGGAAGUUGAAGAAGAAAACGAGGAGGAGGAGAAGGACCCGUUUGCUGCCAUGGCGAGCCAGCGUCGCGAUGCAAGCGGUGCUGCCCCCCUCCCAGCGAGGCGGGAGCCGAAGCCGAAGCCGCAGCACAACAUCGAUGAGCAGCUGGGCGAGCCUGACUGGCCGGCCGUCGACGUCUUUUCACCUGAGGGUCGUUUCGUGGGCUCUCGCAUGCCGAUUGAGGGAUGGCUGAAUAACAAGCCGCUCGUCAAGCCGGAGCACAAGAGGAGUCGCCCGAGAAAGAGUAUGAGAGGGCAGAAGAAGAUGGAGAAGAUGGAGAAGAGAGCGGCUUGA